UACUAUGCAUCAUACCAGGUUUGUUAUAUUUUUUGGCUAUCCCAGCAAUGUCAAUGCUGAUGUUCCUUUACUCCAUUGGUAAUCUGCAUGUUGUAUCCUGGGGAACCAGAGAAGCUACACCAGACACAGAGGUCAAGAAAUCAACCCAGAAGCAUAAACCAGAAAAGGACGAAAAAGGCUACUUCUGUUCUCUUGGAGAUUUUUUCGGUUGUAUAUUUUGUCCAACAAAUACCUACACAAAAGAAGAUUUUCUUUAUACGAAUAUGAUAAAUAAAGUGGACAGAAUAGUUAAAGGUGAAAAGGUUGAGGACGAAAAUGAUGAUACAAUUACCACUGAUGGAAAAGGUCUUACAAAGAAUACAGAUGAAAAUUCAGCAAUAGUAGAAAACGUGGAUAGAAGUACAAUAAAAGAUAAGAAUGCGUGGGAUGACAGGAAAUUCAAGACAGAAAAUGACGAGGCAUACCAUUUGAUAGCUGAUAGACAUGUCAAAGCAAUUCCUAAAAACGAGACCAAAUUUUGGAAAAAAUGUAUCAGGAAAUAUCUAAAACCCAUCAACAUGAGCCCGACAAAAGAAAAGAAAAUUCAAGAUGAUCUACUUGACUUGCGCAACAGAGUCUCGUUAUUUGUGUAUCUUUUAAAUGGCGUUUUAGUUACUGUCAUGUAUGCCCUGACCCAGGUUAAUGUUUUCGAAAAUGAUUUGACAAUUACAUUCUCUUGUGGCGGACGAGACGAUAAUAAAAUAGUUCCUAUUGCCAUUUUAUUUGCUGUUGUAUUUGGAGUUCUUCUUUCAAUCCAGUUUAUCUGUAUGCUUUACCAUAGGUUUUCAACACUGAUACAUGUUGCAGCCAAUACCGAUAUCUGGGAAAGUGAAAAAUCAGAAACGACAAAAAUAGACGAAAAAAUUGCGUCCCGUCUCGUAUCUGCUGAAACCCAUCGGUCGAGGAAAAAAACGGAAAUAUCCGACAAGGAUAGAACCGUAUUAGAUAUGAAUAGAUCGAUAAUAAAACAAAAAGAAACGAAAUUUAAACAACUAUCGGAAAUUGUUGAGGAAAAUAUGCAAAAAAUGAAAAUCGAUGUGGAUAAAAUGAAGAGCCUUGAAAAACUUGAAGGCUCUGUUUUCCAGAAACGUAAUAGCAAGAUCGCGGAGCGAUAUGCAAUGAAGUGGAAACACCACGGGAAAUCAUUCGGAAGUAUUGUUGAUCGGGUAUUAUUAAAUGAACGCAAUAAAAAAAAGUCCAAUGCUGAUAAUUGCAUUGACGAAGAAAAAACAACGACGCAAUCUACACCAAGUAUCUUGAGGAAAAACCAGGUUGAUCCGGCCGAUAAAGAAGAGAUAAAACGACGACAAUCAGUAUCGUCGAACGAUGACGAUCAUAUCGACAAUCAAAGAACUCGCGUAGGAAAUGACAGCAACGUCUAACUGCAUUUAAAUUCAUUACAUCAGAAAGAUCAUAUUAAUUUAGUAGAUAUUGUUUAUGUCUUUUGUGGACAAUUUCAAGAAAAAAAAAUAAUCAUAUUUUCAGUAUAGCGAUUGUUGCACUAUGAUUUCCAUUAUGGCAUAUUUCACUCCUUUCUCACAUAUAUUUAGCGUGGUGAUCUGGUAGAGGCCUUACACAUAUAGAUUAUAAAUUAAAACACGUGAAGAAAUUAAAAGUUGCUUAAUUCAAUUUAUACUGCAUUCGUGCUAUUUGAGCAGUCAAAAUGCGUUGACUGUAUAUUCCUAUUUCAUAUACAGUCACUGACCCAUAUCACCUUUCCUCAUGAAUAUUUAAAUAGAAGUUGCCGAAAUGAUAUUUAAUUAUUCAUACGACCUCUUCAACCUGUGCUUGUUUCCAAUGCAUACAA